AUCGGCAUCCGGAAGGACGCGCUAUAAGCUGACAAGCGGUGCUUGCCCCCAGCUGCUCGGCGGAAUAGCUGUGAUGUGAACGGCAGGAGCUGGCGCUCGUGGCAGUCUCGGUACCCGGGCCGCAUGGGUCACUUCUAGAACCUGACGCCGGUCCUGUUAAUCCAUGAUCACUGCCAACAUGUCUGGCAUAAUGACUAUGCUACAGCAAUUUGCUAAUGGUUUGAGGAGCAAAAAUGAAGAGACUCGCACGAAGGCAGCCAAGGAUCUGCAGCAUUAUGUCACCACUGAGCUGCGAGAAGUGAGCCAGGAGGAAGCGACGCAGUUCUAUGAUGAGCUGAAUCAUUUCAUCUUCGAAUUUGUUUCCAGCUCCGAUGUGAGCGAGCGGAAAGGAGGGAUUCUUGCAAUAGUGAGCUUGAUAGGAGUGGAGGGCGGAAAUGCCACCCGAAUCAGCAGAUUUGCCAAUUACCUGCGUAACCUGCUGCCCUCCAGUGACCCCGUAGUAAUGGAGAUGGCAUCCAAGGCAAUGGGGCGUCUUGCUAUGGCGGGGGAUACUUUGACUGCUGAGUAUGUGGAGUUUGAGGUGAAACGUGCCUUGGAGUGGCUGGGCGCAGACCGCAAUGAAGGCCGUAGACAUGCAGGGGUUCUGGUGCUGCGGGAGCUGGCUGUCAGCGCGCCUACCUUCUUCUUCCAGCAGGUCCAACCUUUCUUUGACAACAUCUUCUAUGGUGUGUGGGACCCAAAACAGGCAAUUAGGGAGGGAGCCGUGGCAGCUCUCAGAGCCUGCCUGAUCCUGACCACACAGCGGGAACCCAAGGAGCUACAAAAACCUCAGUGGUACAGGCAAACUUAUGAAGAAGCAGAGAGAGGAUUUGAUGAGACGUUAUCCAAGGAGAAAGGAAUGAACAGAGAUGAUCGGCUUCAUGGGGCCCUAUUGAUUAUUAAUGAGUUAGUGAGAAUCAGCAGCAUGGAAGGAGAGCGACUGAGAGAAGAGAUGGAGGAAAUUACACAGCAACAGCUUGUACAUGACAAACACUGCAAGGACCUAAUGACCUUUGGAUUAAAGCCUCGCCAUAUCGCCCCAUUUACCAGCUUCCAGUCAGUGCAAUCCCAACCUACAAAUGCUCUGCUGAGCCUCUUGGGAUACACGGGUCAGCAGGGGAUUUUGGGAUAUGGAGCUGCCCCAAUGCCAGAGAAGUCUACCUUAGUUGAAAGUCGUGCAUGUCGGGAGCUAAUAGAAGAAAAGUUUGACCAGAUUUGUCGUUGGGUCCUGAAAUGCAGAAGUAGCAAGAAUCCCUUGAUCCAGAUGACCAUUUUAAAUGUUCUCCCUCGUCUGGCAGCGUUCAGACCUUCAUCAUUCACAGAUCAGUACCUCCCAGAAACCAUGAGCCAUCUACUGAGCUGCGUGCGCAAAGAAAAGGAGCGCACCGUGGCCUUCCAAGCUCUUGGGCUCAUCUCUGUUGCCGUAAGGUCAGAGAUUCGUGCUUACCUGCCCAAAAUCCUGGAACAUGUCAAAGUUGCUCUGCCUCCCAAGGAUUUUGCUCACAAGAGGCAGAAAUCUGUGCAGGUGGACGCCACUGUGUUUACUUGCAUAAGUAUGCUGGCUCGAGCGUUGGGUCCCUCCAUCCAACAGGAGAUAAAAGAGCUACUGGAACCAAUGUUGUCUGUUGGGCUGAGCCCUGCCUUAACGGCUGUGCUUUAUGACCUGAGUCGACACAUCCCACAGCUGAAGAAAGACAUUCAAGACGGACUCCUGAAGAUGCUGUCUCUGGUUCUGAUGCACAAGCCGCUCCGGCACCCAGGGAUGCCCAGAGGCCUGGCACAACAGCUGUCCUCACCUAGCCUCACUAAUAUUCCUGAAGCCAGCGAUGUGGGCAGCAUCACUUUAGCGCUCCGCACUUUAGGCACCUUUGAAUUUGAAGGUCAUUCAUUGACGCAGUUUGUGCGCCACUGUGCCGAUCACUUCCUUAAUAGCGAACACAAGGAAAUUCGGAUGGAGGCUGCACGCACCUGUUCCCGUCUUCUCACACCCUCAAUCCAGCUUCUUAGUGGACAUGGCCAUGUGAGUCAGACUGCUGUCCAGGUGGUGGCCGAUGUUCUCAGCAAACUACUAGUGGUUGGCAUUACAGAUCCAGAUCCGGAUAUCCGCUACUGUGUCCUGGCGUCCUUGGAUGAACGCUUUGAUACUCACUUGGCCCAGGCUGAGAAUCUUCAGGCUCUGUUCGUGGCCAUGAACGAUGAAGUUUUUGAGAUCCGAGAACUGACAAUCUGCACUAUUGGCCGUCUCAGCAGCAUGAACCCUGCCUUUGUCAUGCCUUUCCUUCGUAAGAUGCUCAUCCAGAUUUUGACCGAGUUAGAGCACAGUGGUGUUGGAAGAAACAAAGAGCAAAGUGCACGGAUGUUAGGACACCUGGUAUCCAAUGCCCCACGCCUGAUCCGACCGUACAUGGAGCCCAUUCUUAAGGCUCUGAUCUUAAAGUUGCCAGAUCCCAAUCCUGCAGUUGUGACAAAUGUCCUGGCAACAAUUGGCGAGCUUGCUCAGGUCAGUGGAUUAGAGAUGAGGAAGUGGAUGGAUGAACUCUUCCCGAUCAUUAUGGACAUGUUACAGGACUCCUCCUUGCUGGCUAAGAGACAGGUUGCCUUAUGGACCCUGGGACAGUUGGUGGCCAGUACGGGAUAUGUGGUGGAGCCGUACAGGAAGUAUCCCUCUCUGCUGGAAGUGCUGCUUAAUUUCCUGAAAACUGAGCAAAACCAAGGAAUCCGCCGAGAGGCAAUCCGUGUGCUGGGGCUGUUGGGGGCUUUGGACCCUUACAAACAUAAAGUAAAUAUUGGAAUGAUCGACCAGUCCAGAGAUGCUUCAGCACUGAGCUUAUCUGAAUCCAAAACCAGUCAGGACUCUGCUGACUAUAGCACCAGUGAAAUGCUGGUAAACAUGGGGAACCUGCCCCUGGAUGAGUUCUAUCCAGCAGUGUCUGUGGUCACUCUGAUGCGCAUCCUGAGGGACCAGUCUCUGUCCAACCACCAUACUAUGGUAGUGCAAGCCAUCACCUUCAUCUUUAAGUCUCUAGGACUCAAGUGCGUGCAGUUCUUGCCCCAGGUGAUGCCGACCUUUCUGAGCGUUAUCCGCCUGUGUGACAACAAUGUGAGAGAGUUUAUGUUCCAGCAGCUGGGGAUGCUGGUAUCCUUUGUGCGGAGCCACAUCCGCCCCUACAUGGAUGAGAUCUUUGCCUUGAUAAGAGAUUACUGGACCAUGAAUAAUCCUAUUCAGAGCACCAUUAUUCUGCUCAUCGAACAGAUUGUACUAGCACUAGGAGGAGAGUUCAAGCUUUAUCUGCCUCAACUCAUCCCUCAUAUGCUGCGAGUUUUUAUGCACGACAGUAGUGCUGGACGCUCUGUGACUAUUAAGCUUCUUAAUGCAAUACAGAUGUUUGGGGCAAAUCUAGACGAUUACCUUCAUCUCCUGUUACCACCUAUUGUAAAGCUGUUUGAUGCCCCGGAUUCUCCUUUACAAGCUCGGAAGGUGGCUCUAGAAACAGUGGAUAGACUGACAGAAUCGCUGGAUUUCACAGAUUAUGCCUCCCGGAUCAUUCACCCAAUAGUCCGUACACUAGAUUUCAGCCCUGAGCUAAGACAGACUGCCAUGGACACACUCUCCUCAUUAGUCUUUCAGCUGGGGAAGAAGUACCAGAUAUUUAUACCAAUGGUGAACAAGGUACUGCUAAAGCACCGGAUUUUACACCAGAGAUACGAGGUUCUGACCUGCAGGAUUUUAAAGGGUUAUACUCUUGCAGAUGAAGAAGAGGAUCCACUGAUUUAUCAGCAUCGGACAGUGAAAGGAAACUUAGGAGAAACCUUUUCUAGUGGCCCGUUGGAUAGUGGACCUAUGAAGAAGCUGCAUGUCAGCACCACCAAUCUACAGAAGGCCUGGGGAGCAGCCCGUAGAGUGUCCAAAGACGACUGGUUGGAGUGGCUAAGACGACUAAGUGUGGAGCUAUUGAAAGACUCCUCUUCUCCAGCUCUUCGUUCCUGCUGGUCUUUGGCACAAGCGUAUAACCCUCUGGCCAGAGAUCUGUUUAAUGCAGCUUUCCUUUCCUGCUGGUCGGAGCUGAAUGAAGAUCAACAGGAUGAGCUGAUCCGCAGUAUUGAAUUGGCCCUGACGUCGCAGGACAUUGCUGAGGUCACACAGACACUCCUGAAUCUGGCAGAGUUUAUGGAGCACAGUGAUAAGGGGCCCUUGCCAUUACAAGACGACAAUGGAGUGGUCCUCCUUGGAGAAAGGGCAUCCAAAUGCCGAGCGUAUGCCAAAGCGCUACAUUACAAAGAGUUAGAAUUCCAGAAAGGACCCUCCCCCGCAAUACUGGAGUCCCUCAUCAGCAUUAACAAUAAGCUCCAGCAGCCGGAGGCAGCCUCUGGGGUCUUAGAGUUUGCCAUGAAGCAUUAUGGAGAAUUGGAGAUUCAGGCCACCUGGUACGAGAAGCUCCAUGAAUGGGAGGACGCGCUGGUUGCCUAUGACAAAAAGAUUGAGGUGAACAAAGAUGAUUCGGAGUUGGUUUUGGGACGGAUGCGCUGUCUGGAAGCUCUUGGGGAAUGGGGACAACUUCAUCAGCAGUGCUGUGAGAAUUGGCUUAACGUCAGUGAGGAUGCCCGCGCUAAGAUGGCCAGAAUGGCAGCUGCGGCAGCAUGGGGAUUAGAACAAUGGGAUAGUAUGGAGAAGUACACCUGCCUGAUCCCCAGAGAUACCCACGAUGGAGCCUUUUAUAGGGCUGUGCUAGCUCUCCACCAGGAUCUCUUCUCGCUUGCCCAGCAAUGUAUUGAUAGAGCCAGAGACAUGCUUGAUGCAGAGCUGACCGCAAUGGCUGGAGAGAGCUAUAGCCGUGCCUAUGGGGCCAUGGUCACCUGUCAGAUGCUGUCUGAGCUAGAAGAGGUCAUCCAGUAUAAACUUGUACCUGAGCGGAGGGAGAUUAUUCGUCAGACCUGGUGGGAUCGGCUGCAGGGCUGUCAGCGCAUCGUUGAGGACUGGCAGAAGAUUUUGAUGGUUCAGUCUCUUGUGGUCAGUCCUCAUGAAGACAUGAGGACUUGGCUGAAGUAUGCAAGUCUCUGCAGCAAGAGCGGCCGCCUGGCCCUUUCUCAUAAGACGUUAGUGAUGUUACUUGGAGUGGACCCAGCUCUGGAAAGUGACCAGCCCUUACCUACAGCUCACCCACAAGUCACCUACGCCUACAUGAAGUACGUGUGGAAGAGAACGCGAAAGAUUGAAGCUUUCCAGGAUAUGCAGAAGUUUGUGAGCAACGUGCAACUUCAGGCCCAGCAUGUGGCUGAUGACCCGCAGCACAAGCAGGAGCUGCAGAAACUUAUGGCCAGGUGUUUCUUGAAGCUUGGGGAAUGGCAGCUGAACUUGGAAGGCAUUAAUGAGUGCACAAUACCCGAUGUGCUUGAGUAUUUCAGUGCCGCCACAGAACAUGACCUCAACUGGUACAAGGCCUGGCAUGCCUGGGCUGUCAUGAAUUUUGAGGCUGUGCUACAUUACAAGCACCAUCACCAACCACGGGAGGAAAAGAAGGUCCGUCACCCGAGCAAUGCUAGUGCCAACACCGAGGCCAGUGAAAAUGAGAGCGAAGGAGAGAGCGGGGAGAACAGCCCUUUACAAUCUCCUGUGCAAAAGAAGCCAUCAGAGGACAUCUCUCAAACGCUAUUACAAUACACCGUGCCAGCCGUGCAAGGCUUUUUCCGCUCCAUCUCUCUGUCUCGGGGAAACAACCUGCAGGACACCUUGAGGGUCCUUACUCUCUGGUUUGAUUAUGGUCACUGGCCUGAUGUGAAUGAAGCUCUCGUCGAGGGAAUUAAAACCAUUCAGAUAGACACAUGGCUGCAGGUUAUUCCACAGCUCAUUGCAAGAAUAGAUACCCCCAGACCUUUGGUAGGACGUCUAAUCCACCAGCUGCUCACUGAUAUUGGACGAUAUCAUCCACAGGCUCUGAUUUACCCUCUGACUGUCGCCUCUAAAUCUACAACCACAGCACGUCACAAUGCCGCAAACAAGAUCCUGAAGAACAUGUGUGAACAUAGUAACACCCUAGUACAGCAAGCUGUGAUGGUGAGCGAGGAGCUGAUCAGAGUUGCAAUUCUCUGGCAUGAGAUGUGGCACGAGGGUCUGGAGGAGGCAUCACGUCUGUACUUUGGAGAGAGGAACGUGAAAGGCAUGUUUGCUGUGCUGGAUCCCCUUCAUGCUAUGAUGGAGAGAGGACCUCAGACGUUGAAGGAGACCUCUUUUAAUCAGGCUUAUGGUAGAGAUUUAAUGGAGGCCCAGGAUUGGUGUCGAAAGUACAUGAAAUCUGGAAAUGUGAAGGACCUGACGCAGGCAUGGGACUUGUAUUACCAUGUCUUCAGACGUAUCUCCAAGCAGCUGCCUCAGCUCACCUCCUUGGAGCUCCAGUAUGUGUCCCCUAAACUGUUGAUGUGUCGAGACUUGGAAUUGGCAGUGCCAGGAACAUAUGAUCCCAAUACACCAAUAAUACGUAUCCAGUCCAUUGCGCCAUCUCUUCAGGUCAUCACCUCCAAGCAGCGGCCUCGAAAACUAACACUAAUGGGUAGCAAUGGGCAUGAGUUCAUGUUUCUGCUGAAAGGACAUGAAGAUCUGCGUCAGGAUGAGAGGGUUAUGCAACUCUUCGGUCUGGUCAACACACUUCUAGCCAAUGACCCAGCAUCUCUGCGGAAAAACCUUAGUAUCCAACGAUAUGCAGUUAUCCCUCUGUCCACUAACUCGGGGCUGAUCGGCUGGGUUCCCCACUGUGACACACUACACGCCCUAAUACGAGACUAUCGUGAGAAGAAGAAGAUCCUCCUGAACAUCGAGCAUCGCAUCAUGCUGAGGAUGGCUCCAGAUUACGAUCAUCUCACCCUCAUGCAGAAGGUGGAAGUGUUCGAGCACGCUGUGAAUAACACCGCUGGGGACGACCUGGCCAAGUUGCUGUGGUUGAAAAGUCCAAGCUCAGAGGUCUGGUUUGACAGAAGAACCAAUUACACACGGUCUCUGGCAGUGAUGUCCAUGGUCGGGUACAUCCUAGGGCUGGGUGACAGACACCCCUCUAACUUGAUGCUGGAUCGACUCAGUGGGAAAAUUCUUCAUAUCGACUUUGGAGACUGUUUUGAGGUGGCCAUGACCAGAGAAAAGUUUCCAGAGAAGAUCCCAUUCCGGCUAACAAGAAUGUUGACCAACGCUAUGGAGGUAACCGGCCUUGAUGGAAAUUACCGCAUUACAUGUCACACGGUAAUGGAGGUAUUACGAGAACACAAGGACAGUGUCAUGGCCGUGCUGGAAGCUUUUGUAUAUGACCCUCUUCUCAAUUGGAGACUUAUGGACACCAAUAUAAAAGGCACCAAACGCUCUCGUACACGGACAGACUCGUACUCGGCCGGACAGUCUGUGGAAAUGCUGGAGACUGUUGAGCUUGGUGAAACUGCUCAUAAGAAGCCCGGAAGUACAGUUCCAGAGUCCAUACACACAUACAUUGGUGAUGGUUUAGUGCAGCCCGAAGCACUGAAUAAAAAAGCCAUUCAGAUUAUCAACAGGGUUCGAGAUAAGCUAACAGGGCGAGACUUUUCUCAUGAAGAGACUCUGGAUGUGGCUACACAGGUAGAACUAUUAAUUAAACAAGCCACUUCCCACGAGAAUCUUUGUCAGUGUUAUAUUGGAUGGUGUCCAUUCUGGUAGGAACUGUUGGGACCUCUCUCCCUUCCUGACCUAGAUGGGUGAAGCUGGCCUUACAGCAAACCUCAUGGGUCGCCGAUCACCAGUUAUUAGUAAUAGUAAUUGCUCACCAGUUAAUAGUAAUUGCUCCGUGCCACGCCUGUCACUGACCAGACGUAGGACCCAGAUUCUUGUACUGUUACCCAACUUCAAAUCGAGAGCGAUUCUAGCGAGGAAUUACUGAUGUUGGUAGCUGCAUGUGAUGUAGCUAUGAGGAAUUCUAACUGUUAAUAAAGAGUUACAAAAUGUU